GAACAUGCAACAGGCGCUCCUCGCGGCAGGAGCUACACACAGAGCAAGGCGGGGGCAUGGAGCUGCGGGGCCACGAUGCUCAGGAACUUCGGUUCCUAUGGACCCUGCUGGCAACCACGUUCCUGAUGAGCAUGGGAGGGCUGUGCCAGGAUGUGGACAGCGGCAGCGGUGACCUGGGCAGAUCGUCCAGGGUCGGCGAGAGCUUCAUUCGCUGGAACAUCUCACCCGCCACGCUGCAGCACAUGCGUUCGGAGUCCUUCAAGCGCCAGUUCAGCCCCUGGGGUGGCAAGAGAGGCGUCCUGGACCAGGCACUGCCAACCGCGCACCGCCUCUCUGGGCCGCUGUAUCUUUACAAGGCGCUCCACUCGCCCAGAGCAAUGGGUGAGCGACGAGGCGACAAGCAGCCCGAGGACGAGGCCUUCAAUCCGUGGGGUGGCAAGCGAGAGAACGACAAGGACAAGGAACUGUCCUUCAACCCAUGGGGAGGGAAAAGGGGAAGUUUUAGUUCCUGGGGAGGCAAGCGAGACACCUUUGGUUCAUGGGGAGGCAAGCGGGACACCUUUGGUCCGUGGGGAGGCAAGCGGGACACCUUUGGUCCGUGGGGAGGUAAACGGGAUACUUUUGGUCCGUGGGGAGGAAAAAGGGACACCUUUGGUCCGUGGGGAGGCAAGCGGUACACCUUUGGGCCCUGGGGAGGCAAGAGGCAGGACAAAGAGAGCGGCUUCAAUCCCUGGGGAGGAAAAAGGGAGGAUCCUUUUAACCCCUGGGGUGGUAAAGAAGAAGACAAGAACGCGUUUUCACCUUGGGGAGGAAAGAGGGACCAAAACUUCAAUCCCUGGGGGGGCAAAAAGACGACUAAGGACAGCACCUUCUCGCCCUGGGGUGGGAAAAGAGAAGGUCCCUUUAACCCCUGGGGCGGGAAGAAGGGGGACAGCGACACUGCGUUCGCCCCAUGGGGAGGCAAGCGAGACAACAACUUCAAUCCAUGGGGAGGCAAGAGGGACAAUGACAACAAGGACAGCUCCUUCAGUCCCUGGGGAGGAAAGAGGGAAUCCUUCGGAGUUCAAGCAUUGGAUCCAGACAGCCUGGAGGACCACAGCCCCUCUCGAAACAAGCGAGAUUCUUCGUCUCGUGUUCCAAAGACGAAGAAUUCUGCCCAGAGUACCAUAAGGAGUGUGGCAAAAGCCUUCUGAGUACAUUUCGUUAGACUUUCAAAGAUAAAUAGUCUGGCUCAAUAGCGAGAAAGCUUGAAUACCAACCGCCGCCGAUACACACAAUAUGACAGACGUUUUCUUCCAGGUGUGGCCACCCUCGCCACGUCGAACCGAAGUUUUCGCACACACAAAAAAAUAAAUAAGCCCAUUAAAAAUGUGCGCGAAUAAAGGUUCUUUCUGGAGGUGUAUCUCCUUUUUAUUU